UGUUUUCCAGCUCGAUGGAUGAACGAGGAGCGCGUGGAUCGGAUGUCGUCAUGCUGUCAAACAGGUCGCGUUGCAUCUGAGUCCCGCCUCGCAACAUCAGUGCGGUGUGAAGACGCGGCGUGACGCGCGAUCAGGCGGAGCGACGCAGACCAGACGCGAACACCGCGCGUCCUCCGCUUUAAUGCUUUCUAGACAAAUCAAGAAGGAUUUCCAGGAUUUGUGAGAAGACGCGUGAUGCUGUGCUUUCUGCUCCUGACGCUCCUCUGGACGCUGGUCACUGCAGCGCUGCAGUCGUCCACAAACACUGCCGCAAGCCUGCAGGACGAUGGAACAAGGCCGUAUAUUUACCGCUGCCGCUCGCCCAACAUGGAGAUCUUCACCUGCUGGUGGCGUCCGAUCGCGAAUCAGGACAACGUCACCUACACGCUCCAGUACACCACGGGUGAGCGCGCUCCUCAGGAGUGUCCCGAUUACGUGAGCGGCGGCAUCAACAGCUGCUUCUUCGAUGCCAGACACACUCAGGUCUGGGAGAUGUACUGCAUGAACGUGACGGCGCACACACGCGCCGGACCCAUCGCCUCCCGCAAACACUGCGUGGACGUGGCUGAUAUAGUGGAGAUCGACCCGCCCUUUAACCUGUCGUACGUCAUGCUGAACGAGAGCGUGGGGGAAUCGGGCUGCAGUAUUCUGCUGUCCUGGCUGAAUCCGAUUGAGUCUCAGGUGCGUGAGGGAUGGAUCACGCUCGUCUACGAGCUGCGCUACAGACACCUCGCUCAGCCGGACAACUGGAGGGUAAAAGAGCGUUUGCGAGAGCCUCAUGUGGAGUUGUUGGAUCUGCCGGUGGGAAAGUAUGAGUUCAUGGUGCGCUGCCGCUCCACCAACAGCAAACACUGGAGCACAUGGAGCGAGUCCAUCAACAUCAGCAUCAUCAGCAGACCUCUGUCCGAUCGGAUGUUGGCCUUGAUCCUCGUGACCAGCAUCGCCAUCAUGGUCUUCCUCAUCGUGGGUUUGGGGAUCGCCCCGCGAGGCAAGAGAAUUAAAUCGUUCCUCCUGCCACCGAUUCCCAAGCCGCGCAUCCGAGGGAUUGAACCGGUUCUGCUGAAGAAGGGGAAGAUUGACGAGAUCAAUCGUCAUUUCUCCAGCUUUCACGGUUAUAAGUCGCCACAGUACAGCAUAGAGAUGUGUUACCAGGUGAGCGUGGACCCAUGUCCGGCUGCGACGCCGUAUAAACGCGAGGACACACCGAUCGCCGACAGACAACCACCUGCGCAGACGAGCUGCAGUCCAGCGCCCUACUGCCGUGGCCCCGCCCCCUACUGCGAGGGAGCCACGCCUGCUUCAAACCCUGACCCCGCCCCCUACAGUGAGGGAGCUCCGCCUCCUUCAAACAAUGGCCCCUCCCCUUAUUGCGAAGGAGCCCCGCCUCCUUCAAACCCUGGCCCCGCCCACCUGCUCUAA